GCAGUAUGUCGCCGGUGUCUAACCUCACAUCGCAGCAGACGACGGGCCGCAGCACGGGAGACCUCCGCUCGAGUCUCUAGACCGGAACAGAAGGGCCGCGUGACGUCAUCCCCGCGCUGCACGAGCGCAGCCCGUCGCGAUGCCGCGCGGGAACUGUCCCCUCCGGCUCGCCAUCUUCCUGCUGGCUGUGAGCGCGCAGGCGGCGGCAGCGGAGUAUGACCCCUACCGGGUCCUGGGCGUCGGCCGCAGCGCGAGCCAGGCGGAAGUGAAGCGCGCGUACAAGACCCUGGCCAAGGAGUGGCACCCGGACAAGAACAAGGACCCGAAGGCUGAGGACAUGUUCAUCAAGGUGUCCAAGUCCUACGAGAUUCUGUCCAAUGAGGAGCGGCGCUCUAACUUUGACCGCUUCGGCCAGCUGGAGGAGAACCAGCCUCUGGGCCCGAGCCAGCAGGGGUCCCGUGGUUUCCACAACAGCUUUUACUUUGACGAGUCGUUCUUCCACUUCCCCAGGUCCCGGGACUUUGCCGACAGUAAGUACCUCCUGCAGCACGCGGCCUUCAACAGCGACGUGCUGCCCGACAGCCACCGGCGGCCGUACCUGCUCAAGGUGACCUCCGAGUGGUGCUUCGCCUGCAUCCACAUCGAGCCCGUGUGGAAGGAGACGGUACUGCAGCUGGAGCCUCUGGGCGUUGGCAUCGGCAUCGUGGACCUGGGCUACGAGCGGCGCCUGGCCCACCAGCUGGGCGCCCACCGCGCCCCCUCCAUCAUCGGGCUGGUGAACGGCCGCGUGACCUUCUUCCACCAGGCCGUGGUCCGAGAGCACCUGAGGCAGUUCAUCGAGGACCUGCUGCCCCCCCGGCUGGUGGAGAAGAUCUCAGAGAACAACUACGAGACGUUCCUGAACGGCUGGAGAGAAGAAAACAAACCGACUGUUCUCCUGUUUGACCAGGAGAACAGUGCUCCUCUGCUGUACAAGCUGACGGCGUUCUCCUUCAGGGACUACGUGCGCUUCGGCUACGUGGACCAGGGCGACGCCCACAACGCAGCGCUGCUGCGGCGCUUCAACGUCGACUCGUACGCCCCGAGCAUGCUGCUGUUCAAGGAGGCGCCGCUGCAGCCCGCGGACGCCAUCCAGGCCCGGGGGAUGAAGAGGCAGAUCAUGGACGAGUUUGUGUCCAACAACAAGUUCCUGCGUGUUCCUCGGCUGGUGAACCAGCAGCUGUUUGACGAGCUGUGUCCGGUGAAGCAGUUCCACCGGCGCAGGAAGUACUGCGUGCUGCUGAUCACGGGGGACGAUCCGGCCUUCGCCCCGGGCAACGGGGCCUUCCUGGACUUCGCGGCGGCGAGCAGGAAGGACGUGCUGCGCUUCGCCUACGUCUUCCAGCGGCAGCAGCAGCCGCUCUGCCAGGCGCUGCUGCCAGGCGGCCAGGCGGCGCCGCCCCCCCAGGUGGUGAUCCUGGAGAGGCGGAGCCACGCCGGGAAGGUCAUGUACCGCCCGGUGAGCGGCGGCUGGAACGGCAGCGAGGAGGAUAAGUCCCGCCUCCACGAGCAGCUGGAGCUGCUGCAGAAGGACCCGACGUACCUGAGCUCAGACGCCACGCUGCCCGAGCUCAACAACGAGAGGGCUCCCAUGUUCCUGCUCCAGUGGGUGAAUGCUGCUCAUGAUUACAUCGUCCAGAUGUACGACGACCUCCUCUACUCCAACUGGAGGGAGAUGAUGCCCAUCCUGUCGCUGAUCUUUUCGGCUCUCUUCAUUCUUUUUGGCACAGUCAUCAUUCAGGCCUUCAGCGAGCCGGGGGAGAGCAAGCCACGAGCCGCCAGGCCCAAGGAGCCGCCGACGGAGGAGGAUGCCGGCAGGGCCAGCACCUCCAGCCGUGCUCCUAAGAAGGACUUUGUGGAGGUGACGGAGCUCACGGACGUGACCUACGUCAGCAACCUGGUGAAGCUGCGGCCCGGACACGUCAACGUGGUGCUGCUGCUGAGCGCCGCCGCCAAGAGCGCCCUGCUGCGCAAGUACGCCAAGGAGGUGUUCUCCUUCUCCGGGACUCAGACCCUCCACUUCUCCUUCCUCAACGGGGAUAAGCACCCCCACUGGAUGCCGUCGCUCCUCCGCUCGACCAAUGACGCGCUGCCGAGCGAGGGCCAAUGGGACGAGGAGGAGGGGGAGGAGCCUCCCGACUACGCGGGCCACGUCUUGGCCCUCAACGGCCACAGGAAGUACUUCUGCCUCUUCAGGCCCGUCUUCACGGGCGAGGACCCCGACCGCCCCGAGGCCUCGGGCCCCGGCGACAGGAGGAAGUCCCGGUCCCGGUCCCGGUCCAGCUCCCACUCGCGGUCCCGGUCCCGGGAGGACGGGCCGGGGCCCAAGAGGGGCCGGGCCACCAGCAUCGAGGUCCACCACAAGCUGGACCGCCUGGGACUGUGGAUGGAGCGGCUCAUGGAGGGCACCCUGCCCCGGCUGCAGGUCCCGGCGUGGCCCCCCCUGGGGGAGGCCUCCUCCUCCUCCUCCUGGACUCCUUCACACCAUUGAAGCGUUACAUAAACCUGGAGAAGCUCCAGAUGUUCACGUCUUUACUUUAAAUGAAGGAGGAGUCACGGUAACUCCUCCCCUCAGGCCUGAGUAACUCCUCCCCUCAGACUGAAGCUCCACAACGCAUGAUGUCUCAUACGCUGCCCCCCCCACAGUACCUCCUCCUUGUGUCUCAUUAACUGUAAAUUAUUAAAAGAAACUCAUUUUAGAAGCUUUUAUUUAUUAAAAUGUGGAUGACA